AAUGUGAUUUAAUUAUUGGUUGCUAUUUGUUAUAUGAGAAUGCCCCGGAUUAUAGCUGAGAUCCCCCCCUCCCCCAUAUCAGACAAUCGUCCUAUUGCCAUCACGCACUAGCCGCGCAAGACUAUCUGGACAUCUGAGUUUACGUUGCCCACCUGUAAGGAAAAUUGAUCAUCAUGGAGGCUUUUCUAGGAGAAUGGGUGGCCGUUAAGGAUAACACGGACUGGACGCCGUUCUUAAGGGCCUCAGGCAUGGAUGAUGAGAAGAUUGAGUAUUAUAAGAAACUCGACCAAGAGAAUGAGACAAUAGUAUCCCUGACCAAGGAUGGAGACGGUUUCUUCUUCAAAUCUGAUUGCGGCCCAAUUAAAUUUUCGAACAAAUUCCAGCUUGGAAAGCCUUAUGAUGUAACCAUGGAUGAAAUGAGCUUCAAGGGCGUCUUUAAGUUGGAGGACGGAGUUCUGAAAGACGAGUCGAUGUUUGCAGGCAGCAAGACUUCAAACCCAAGUGAAAAGACCGUCACCACAAGAACAAUUAGCGGCGACAAGAUGAUAACUGUAUCAACGACUGCGGGUAUCUCACUUACCAGAACAUUCAAAAAGAAGUAAACAGUCGUCAGAUCUUCAGCUACAACAAAAACUAAAAACCAGAGGCAAUAUAUAUCUUCUAAAAGGAUCCCUAAUAUAUUAAUCAUAAAUUUGAGAAAUUAAGAUUGACGCAGUUAUUCUCUCUUUUUUUAACCCCUCUUGACUCUCAAACGUCACCUGAACCAGUGGAGAUGGAUUUAUUCACACAGGAAACAAGACGCCUACGUACAGGUGGAGUUAAAAUCUACUCGAAGCGGCUCCCCCUGGCCGAAGUGACUGGAUGGACUUAGUAAUGUUUACAAAGUUUGCUCUCUUUGCUGUAAUCCUACAUGCACAUAUUUGUUAUACCUGGAUAUUGCGUCCUAGGUAAUACUAACGACGACAACCAAUUUGAGCUUUCAACUUUCAACGUUAACUCACAGAACUGUUUUUUUAUACAAAUGCAAGGGUAUUCUGUCUCAAUACGGAUCACAGGUUUAUUUGUUUGUUUACAACAUUUUUUUGGCGUGAUUAAAGGAAUCUUCCCAAUCUAAUUUGUCAAUCUUCUUAUAUCUUCAAUUUAAGGUAAUAUCUUUGAGCCUUGAUUAUGUAUCCUACAAUUAAAUACCCAAAAAUUGCUAUUGCAUCAUAGUUGGAAAGUUCUCAAAGUCCAGUUUGCAACUGUUAUCCACGCAAGAAAGAUGUUUUGAU